CUUUCGAAUUUCGAGCGGAGUGUGGACUAGUCUCUCCUUCUCUCUAGAGGAGCAGGAGUAUUUUACUAUUUUUCGUUGGUUUCUUUUGGUUGGGAAAGAAAGCGGAGUUUUUGUUUUGAGCGCAGUAAAUGAGGCUCGUUUCUAUUUCUCGCUCACGAAACCCCAACCUCCUCUCGCCCGCCCGCCUUUAUUAUUACCCGAAAUGCAGCGCGCAUGCAUGUGAGGGAAGUGUGUACCCGUACCAAAAUCCCCUUUCUCUCUCUCUCUCCUCUUUAUUACCUUUACUUUUACCAAUUUCCGUUCCCCGUAAUUUCCUCCCUGGAGUAUUCUUCUCUCCUUCGCUUUGCGCCCGCUCCCUCUCCCUCUCAAGCAAAGUGACAGACAGACUUCGGCAGUGAGCUGAGCUGAGCAGAGUGUGAGUGGCGUUUGGUGUGGAGGGAGGGAAGACGAAGAAGAAGCUCGAGGAGAGAGUGGUGGCAUGGACCUGGCGAUCUAGGUAGGUGCGUGCACGCGCGCGGCCCCUCCUAACUCCCACCUAAUCUCUCGCGCACCGCCCUUUUGUUCUCUUCUUCUUUGUCUGCUCCCGGUUUUAAAGAUCGGCUUCGUGUGAUAAUCCAGACAGUGUGAGGAAGAAGCAGCUCGGUCAAACUCAGACUGACCAGAUUGAUUAGUUGCUUUGCUUUGUUCAGUCCGGACCAAGGAGAGCUCUGCCACUGUGAAGGAGAGCAGCACAAGUUUAGGAGCUACUGGGUUGAAUAGAUCUGACCGAAAUGGAGGCCAAGGACGUCGCCCCGCUCACCACGGCUGCCACCACCGCCGCUGUCCCCGCCGCGCCGGUCCCGGCGCCGGCGUCCCAGUCGCAGCCGCUGCCACCGGCAACCUCCAACGCGCACGCGCACCAGCCGCCGCCGCAUCCGUUCGCCCACCACCAGCCGCCUCCGCCGCUGCAGCAGCAGCAGCCGGCGCCAGGUUCGGCGAACCCGUCCGCGCCCAUGCCGGGCAGCGGCGGCAUGAGGCUGUCCUUUGACCAGGUGGUCGGGAAGGCGGCGCCCGGCCAGCACCACCACGCUCCGGGCCCCAUGCUCUACGCCGCGCCGCCACCCCACGCGGCUGGGGCUCCGGUGCGGCCCCAGGGUGGCGUCGGCAUGGGCAUGGGCGACAUGAUGCGCAAGAAGCGGGGCCGGCCACGCAAGUACGCGCCCGACGGGAGCAUGGCGCUCGCGCUCGCUCCCCUGUCCUCCGCCUCGGGCGGCUCCCCUAUGCAGCCUGGCCAGCAGCAACAGCAGCAGCACGGCGGCUUCUCCAUCAGCAGCCCGCCGUCCGACCCCAACGCCAAGCGCCGCGGCAGGCCCCCCGGCUCCGGCAAGAAGAAGCAGUUCGAAGCACUGGGGUCUUGGGGCAUCUCCUUCACUCCGCACAUCCUCUCCGUCAAGGCCGGCGAGGAUGUUGCUUCAAAAAUAAUGUCCUUCUCACAGCAAGGACCUCGCACAGUUUGCAUUCUCUCAGCGAAUGGUGCAAUAAGCAAUGUAACACUUCGGCAGCCGGCUACAUCCGGUGGGCUAGUGACUUAUGAGGGCCGUUUCGAGAUCAUCUCUCUAUCUGGCUCUUUCCUGCUUGCAGAGGACGGCGACACUCGUAGCAGGACUGGUGGAUUGAGUGUUGCACUUGCAGGAUCUGACGGUCGUGUUCUUGGUGGAUGUGUAGCUGGGCAGCUAACAGCUGCAACACCUGUUCAGGUUGUUGUGGCUAGCUUCAUAGCGGAAGGUAAAAAAUCAAAACUGGCCGAGGCACGGAAGGUUGAACCAAUGUCGGCCCCUCCACAGAUGGCCAACUACGUGCCAGCUCCCGUGGCCAGCCCUCCAUCAGAGGGCACAUCCAGCGCAUCGUCCGAUGACUCCGGAAGCCCCAUCAACCAUGGCGGGAUGCCUUACAACCACUCCGGCCAGCACCAGCACCCGCAGCAGCAGCAGCAGCACAUGCCGCCUGCAUAUGCAUCCGGCGGCUGGUCGCACUCGGCGCACCAUCAGAACAACAACAGGCAUGACGGCGACGUGAAGAUGAUGUCGAACUAACACCGCAGGCCCAGCCUUUGAAGAGAGCCCCAUUUGUUUGCUGGGCUGGAGAGGAGCUGAUGGUUGUCUGGCACUGCGUUCUGCGCGCCUGCCUCCUGUAACGUCGUCUGGGGUUGACCGUUGAUGGUUGACCUGCUAGCUAGGAGAUUUAGGUUCAUGAUCUCGCCUGCUGUUUUUCCAGAAGUAAGAUUUAAUUUAGUGUAAUGCUGUAGCCUCAUAAGCCGCUGUCACUAACGCGAGGUAUUAUCAUUCGUUGUCGUCCUGUCAUGUACUGAUGCGUGCUGAGAUCUUCGACUCUAGGCUAGUCGUUUGAUUGCUCUCUGCCGUGGAUCAUGGAUUCACUCGGAUGCUUUGAUUUCAAUUCAAGAACGUUUAGCUUGUUUUCUUGACCUU